AGCAUGCUCUUAAUCACCUACUGUGGGCUUAAACUCGUGGAGAGAGUAGGCCAGGCCUCUCUGAAGCCUUGCAUGAAAAUCCCCAAGGCCAGCGCAGAUAGGCUUCGGAGAUCUUCUAGGGGACCAGAAGUGUUCAAAAUGGACAGCUUCCUGCUUUCGAGGGGGAAAACCCUGUGCAGUGUGAGAUGCUAGUUUGCCUAAGCAUGUUUACAUUGAACAAGCUCUGAUGAGUAAGGGAGAGACCAGAAGAGAUAGCUGCAUGAAGACGGAGCUGUUGAAAGACAUCACCAACAAUAAGGAAGAAGGAUUUAAUGCUAUGGCAGCUGGUGAUGGUGCCAUAGACAAGCAAGUUGGGGAACUGAAGAUGGCUCCCGACGGCGAGACCAAUGGCUCCUGUGAGUGCAAUGAAUUCAAGGGCCACCCCGGUGUAGCCAAGAACACUCAGGACAAUGCAAAAGUGAGCCAAGGGGACGCCGUGGCAAAACUGAACAGGAUAGCUGAAAACGGCUUUUCCGAGAGAGACGGGGAUGCUGGGAAGCCAAACCACCUCAAAGCAAAUGACUUCACCCAGACCACGGUUACGGGGAGCAAUGGGUACAUUUUGCCCAAGCAGAUGGCUCAGGACCUUUCAGUCAGGACUUCUAGCAGCGCUUUUGGCUCCCUCCCUGGCCACGCCGCCAAGACGCUUCCCACGGGAGGAAGCAAGGGGAGAACUCUGAGCCCUUUUACCCAGGCGCAGGCCGCUCUCCCAGCCAAGCUUGGGGACGGGGGCGGCAAAGACACGGAGGCUAGAAAAACAGCCAGUAUCAAGGUCCACCGAGCUCGGAAGACGAUGCCCAAGUCUCCCUCCCACCUGCAUACCAAUAAAGACCCCAAAGAAACAAGAACGCAUAAGGAAGAUGGCAGCAAAGCGGUUCUGGAAUUUGGAAAAACCCCAUCCUUGCCCUCCAUCCCUGGCCUUCACUCAUCUCUACCUCAGAAUCAGAGCUACGUGGCCGCCUCAAAAUCACAGACAGCUACUUCAGUAUCUCGAAAGAAGAAACGGAGAAUGGGAACGUAUAGCCUGGUUCCCAAGAAAAAGACCAAAGUUUUAAAGCAGAGGACUGUGAUUGAGAUGUUCAAAAGCAUCACUCAUUCUCCAGGUGGCAAGGUUGAGAAGGAUGAUGGCAGUCCACAUGUGAAUGGGGAAAGAUUGGAUGUUGAUUCCGAAGAAGAUGAUUCGGAUGAACUGGAGGAAGAUGAUGAACGUGGGACAGAUCAGACAGCUACCUUUCCUGUGGAGGAGAACAGAACUGCUAAGGAGAGAGAUGCUGUGGAUGUUAGCAAUACCAGAAAGGUGUUGCAUUCUCUGUUUUCACUUGAUCUUCUUUGGCUGUCGCAGAUGGAUGACGGAGAGUCCGAGGAGGAGCAAGAUUCUGCAGACUCUGUCGAAGAAGAGGAAGACGGUGAUGAAUCGGACUUGGCCUCAGCAGGGGUCUGCUCUUGGUUGCCAGGUGCCAAGACCAAGGCGCGGUCCAGACAGGCAUGGCCAGAGCUGGAAGAAGCAGGACAGAAGCAGGCACGUAGCCCAGACAGACCCUGUCCCGGGCCAAGUUCUGCAGGAGGCAAGAGCUCUGAAUCCAGUCUCAAGAAGAAAAUGAUGAAACGGAAAGGGAAAGCAGAGAGUCCCUGGUUGAAACCCACCCGGAAAAGGAGGCGGAGAAAUAAAAAGAAGAAAGCCAACAUCUUAGGUUCUGAAUCUUACAAGCCCCCUUUGGGGAGCGAAGAAGGAGCUGGGCAGGAGAACAACAUGGAAUACAUGGAGGUGCCUCUGCAUUCCCUGGAUCUGCGAGUAAAGGGAGUUCUGUCUUCGCAAUCAGAAGGUCUUUCCAAUGGUCCUGGAGCAAUGGAAUCAGACAGUCUUCAGGAAGUGCCUCUCUGCAGCUGCCGCAUGGAAACUCCCAAAAGCCGGGAGAUCACCACGCUAGCCAAUAACCAGUGCAUGGCCACAGAGAGCGUGGAUAAGGAGCUGAGCCGAUGCACCAACCGCGUGCUGAAAUACGAGCUGAUGCGUGCAUCUAACAAAGUCCAGCUCUUGGUGCUGUGCGAGGACCACAGAGGGAGGAUGGUAAAACAUCAGUGUUGCCCAGGCUGUGGUUUCUUCUGUGUGGCGGGCACUUUCAUGGAGUGCCAGCCAGAAAGCAGCAUCUCUCACCGGUUCCACAAGGACUGCACUUCCCAUGUCAAAGGCAUGAGCUACUGUCCCCAUUGUGGGGAGGAGGCCUCCAAGGCGAAAGAAGUAACGGUGGCCAAGGCGGACACCACCUCCACCCUCCUGCUGACCUUCGAGCAGAAGAAACCAGGUGCUUUAGAAGGAAAGGCUGACACGACCACUGGAAGUUUCAGUGGGCCUGGAACCCAGCAACCUGAAGAAGGCAGGUCUGAGAGCUUGUCCACCGAGGUGUUUGAUUUGGCUGGGACAUCUACAUUUCCUAAGCCAGCCCCGACUGGUUUAUCCCAAGGGCCUGUUAAAGAAACGUUGGAGAGCGCCUUGAUUGCCCUGGAUUCAGAAAAACCCAAGAAAUUACGGUUUCACUCGAAGCAGCUGUACUUCUCAGCCAGGCAGGGGGAGCUUCAGAAAGUCCUCCUUAUGCUGGUGGACGGGAUCGACCCCAACUUCAAAAUGGAGCACCAGAGUAAAAGAACACCUCUUCAUGCAGCGGCCGAGUCGGGACAUGUGGACAUUUGCCACAUGCUGCUUCAGGCUGGCGCUAACAUAGACACCUGUUCUCAGGACCAGAGGACUCCCCUUAUGGAAGCAGCAGAGAAUAACCAUCUGGAAACUGUGAAAUACCUCAUUAAGGCUGGAGCAUUGGUAGACCCCAAGGAUGCUGAAGGAUCCACCUGUUUGCACCUGGCGGCCAAGAAGGGCCAUUACGACGUGGUGCAGUACCUCCUAUCCAAUGAACAAAUGGACGUCAACUGUCAAGAUGACGGAGGCUGGACGCCAAUGAUAUGGGCUACGGAGUACAAACACGUGGAGCUGGUGAAGCUGCUGUUGGCCAAAGGCUCUGACAUCAACAUCCGAGAUAAUGAGCAGAAUAUUUGUUUACACUGGGCUGCUUUCUCCGGGUGCGUCGACAUUGCCGAGAUUCUCCUGGCUGCUAAAUGCGACUUGCACGCGGUGAACAUUCAUGGAGAUUCUCCUUUGCACAUUGCAGCCCGGGAGAACCGCUAUGAGUGUGUCGUACUGUUUCUGUCCCGCGGCUCGGACGUCGCCCUGAAAAACAAGGAGGGCGAGACGCCGCUGCAGUGCUCGAGUCUCAACUCCCAAGUCUGGGUCACUUUGCAGAUGAACAAGACACUGAAAGAAUCCGCUCCAGAGAAACCCACCCAGGUGGAGAAGAUAUUGAGCAGAGACAUCGCCCGGGGUUAUGAGCGAAUCCCAAUUCCGUGCAUCAAUUCUGUAGACAGCGAGCCGUGCCCUGUCAACUACAAAUACAUUUCCCAGAACUGCGUGACAUCCCCCAUGAACGUGGACAGGAACAUCACUCAUUUGCAGUACUGUGUGUGCAUAGAUGACUGUUCCUCCAGUAAAUGCAUGUGUGGACAGCUUAGUAUGCGCUGCUGGUAUGACCGGGAUGGACGGCUCCUGCCAGAAUUCAACACAGCUGAGCCACCGCUAAUCUUCGAGUGCAACCAUGCCUGUUCCUGUUGGAGGACCUGCCGGAAUCGGGUGGUGCAAAACGGCCUCCGGGCGAGGUUACAACUUUUCCGGACGAGGAAGAUGGGCUGGGGCGUGAGGACGAUGCAAGACAUUCCGCUGGGAACCUUUGUGUGCGAAUACGUUGGAGAGCUGAUUUCUGACUCAGAAGCAAAUGUACGUGAAGAAGAUUGCUAUCUUUUCGACCUUGGCAACAAGGACCGGGAUGUCUACUGCAUCGAUGCUCGCUUCUACGGCAACGUCAGCCGCUUCAUCAACCACUUUUGCGAACCUAAUCUCAUUGCCGUGCGAGUCUUCAUGUCCCACCAGGAUCUGCGCUUCCCCAGAAUUGCCUUCUUCAGCAGCAGACACAUACAGGCGGGAGAAGAAAUCGGGUUCGACUACGGCGAGAGGUUCUGGAACAUCAAGGCCAAGUAUUUCAGCUGUCUCUGCAGCUCGCCGAAAUGCAGGCACUCCAGUGCCGUCCUGGCUCAGCGGCAGGCCAGCGCUGCCUCCUUUCAGGAGGCCCCAGAGAACAGACUCCCCGACACCAGUUCGGCAGCCUUGGCGUCCCCCCCUGCCUUUGGAGGGCUUCCCUGAAGAGCCCGUCCCCACCCAAGCCAAGGCCAAGCCACCGGUGGCGUGACGGUGAUGGUUUUCCUUUGUUUUGUUCUGCCCUCUCCCUUUCCAGCAAGGCCAAACCCUCCGGCGCGUCCGCCAUAAUGGUUCCCCGGGGCGUGGAUGGCGGCGUCGCGCCCGGCCUCCCUCCGCCUCGCGGCGCGGG